AUGGCAACCAUCAAUGGCCCCGUCCGCUCAAUAGAGGCGCCCGGAGUCAGGAUAGACGGGCAACUGCUGCGCCAAAUGCAGUCUGAAGUCGCGUCGCUGCUUGGCCGACCGAACCACAGCUUUCCAGGCGCACAACCUGUGAGCUUUGCAAGGAAGCAUCUUGAGGAGUUGACCCGGCAAGACUAUUACGUUUGCGAGAAGUCCGAUGGGAUGCGAUAUCUUUUAUACCUUACAAGAGACGAGCACGAAGAAGAAGCGCAAUACCUCAUUGACCGCAAGAAUGAUUACUGGUUCAUACCCAAGAAUGGCUUGCAUUUCCCCGUUCCGCGAAACGUCGAAGGGUUUCAUACAGACACACUGAUUGAUGGUGAACUGGUCCUCGACAAGCUUCCUAAUGGAGGGGUACAGCCCAAAUACUUGGUGUUCGAUUGUAUGCUGUUAGACGGAAACAGCUUGAUGAAUCGCACGCUGGACAAAAGGCUUGCAUAUUUCAAAGAACGAAUAUACGAUCCUUACAAGGACCUCCUCGUUCGGUAUCCAGAGGAAAAACAAUACAUGCAUUUUAUAAUGGAGAUGAAACAAAUGCAAUUCAGUUACGCCAUAGACCUGAUGUUUGGCAAGAUCCUGCCCCACCUCCCGCAUGGCAACGACGGGUUAAUCUUUACAUGUCGGAUGUCUGAUUAUAAAUUCGGCACUGAUCAGAAUAUCCUGAAGUGGAAGCCAGAGGCCGAAAAUAGUAUUGAUUUUCGCAUGACACUCGAUUUCCCCACCAAGCAACCUGACGAGCAAGAUAUCGCAGAAGGAUAUAAAGAGCCUUACGUUGAUUACGAUGCAAUGCCGGUAUGCAAUCUUCAUGUUCACCAGGGAGACUCGCAUAGAGAAACUUGGUAUGGCGAAAUGUACAUCGAGAAGGACGAAUGGGAGCGCCUAAAGUCAUUAGAAGAACCGUUAAACGACAGAAUUGUAGAAUGCUACAUGGAUUCGCAAAAACGUUGGAGGUAUAUGCGAUUUCGCGAUGAUAAGACGAAUGCCAAUCAUACCACCACAGUCGAUAGUGUCAUUGAGAGUAUCAUGGACAGAGUGACGAAGCAGGAUCUGAUGGCUGCGCAGAAAGUGAUUAGAGAUGAGUGGAAGAAGAGAGCUGCCGAAGAGCAAGCGAAAGAGAAGAAGAUGGAGGAGAGGAAGCGCGUUGCAUCUACUGGCAUCAACCCUGCGAAUGCGGGCGCGAAAAGAAAGGCCGAAGAACAAGGGAAUGGGAGGCCAAGCCCUGGACCUCCUGUAAAGAAGGAACUGUAA